AUGGCCGAAUCUACUCCAACUCCUACACCAGCUCCAUCUGUUCCAGCUGCAGCCCCCGCCAUGGGCGACAGCGCGAGUCUGAUCACUGCGACGAUCCACAAGCAGUACGGCAGCGACGGUGGAAUCACACUUCGCUCUUUGGGCGGCAAGUUGAUUGUGUCUUUCGUGGAGAGAGGCGAACACACGGCUGGCUUGAAGCGUGGAAUGCAGGUCAUGACCAUGAACAACGUGGACUGCAGUAUGUUGAGUGAUGUGAGUGCGCAACAGUUGUUGAAUGCCGACGAGAUGGUCACGUUUCUCUGCAAGGAGCGAGAAGGAGCUCGUAUGCCUGGUACCGUUGUUACGUGCGUCUUGAACAAACCCACGCCAACCUCCAGCAUUGGAAUUGGCAUGAAGACUGUGGCUGGACAAGUCAUGAUUUCUUCCAUCAGUUCUACUGGCUUGGCGUUCAACUCCGAUUUGCAAGUCGGCAUGUACAUCAAAUCGGUCAACAAUUUCGAAUUUGCCGGACUCAACCCGAAUCAAGCUUCGACGUUGAUCGCACAAGCCCAAAACAAGCUCGAAAUUAUCGCACAGUUCCCUGGAGUCGCCCCCAAGACAAACUUGAUUUCUGCCACGGUAGAAAUCCCAGAAGAAGAGGACGAAGAAGUCAAUGUUGAUGCCGAUACCACAGAAGCACCCGAAAAGAAGAACCUCGCGGGAUUGGAACUCAUGACGGCAAACAACCACACCACCGGUGCUCCCAUGGUUGUCAUCAAGUCCAUUGACCCCGAUGGUCCUUUCUUUGGAUCCGAGUUGCGCGUUGGUAUGCAAAUUUCCAAGGUUCAGAACAUUGAUUGCACCAAUCCAAAAGUCAAGGCCGAACAAGUCAAUGCCCUCAUUCAGGACAGUGCCAAGCCGGGUGAAAACAUCGCCUUGCUCGCGCAGGACUGCUUUUCGGCGCGUCGCGCUCCCGGAGCGUUCUUGACCGUUAUCGUCACCAAGCCAACCAUCAACACCAAGUUGGGAAUUGUCCUCGCCAGCAAGGCCAACAAGUUGUUCAUCAAGAAAAUUGCUUCGGGAACGCUCGGAAGUACCACCGAAUUGGAACCGGGAAUGAUUGUUCAUUCCAUCAAUAACCAUGCCGUCACACACAAGAGUUCUGCCGAAGCCGCACAAAUUUUGGGAGCCGCCGAAGGACACAUUACGUUCCUCGUACAGAUUGAAGGCAAUGCCCUCCUCGAUCCUUCCCGAUUGGUCACUGCGUUGAUGGUCAAGAAACAUGACAGCACCAAGGUUGGACUUGCCAUGAAGAUGCAAGGAGGAAAAAUCGUCAUUACCAAGAACUCGGAGUCCGGACUUGCCAAGGAUACCGACCUCAAGGUGGGCAUGCGAGUCAUUCGCAUCAAUAACGUCGACUUGACCAAGAAAAAGGCAACCGAUGCCGCCGAUUUGCUCGUCAAGGCCACUGGAGUUUUGACCGUCAUUGCCCAAAAGCCCGAUCUGGCUCCUGGAACUCAUGUCGUGGCAUCCAUCCCCGUGCCGGUUGUGGCUCCUGGUGAGAAGCCACCCUCCAAGGGAAUCAAGAUCAAGGCCAUUGGCGAUAACUACGUCGUUAGUGGAAUCACGGAAGGUGGACCCGCUUCGGAAACUGAUCUCCAAGUUGGUAUGCUCAUCAAGUCCCUCAACAAUGUCGACUGCGCUUCUCUCAAGAGCCUCGACAAGGUCCUUGCCAUGUUCACUAAUGCCACUGAGAAGCUCAACAUUUUGGCAUGCACACCCAAGGGAAAGCCAUUGAACACAUCGCAAUUGGUCACCGGCUCGAUUGACAUUACCGAAAAGACGGAAGUCACCGAAGGAGCUCUGGCAUACGAUAGCGAGACUGGAAAGAUUACCGUCACCGAAGGCGCUGCCGCUGGAUUCCUCUUUGGAACUGCUCUUCGUGCCGGUAUGGAAAUCCUUGCCAUUAACAAUGUCGAAACCAACAUUUUCUCCAAGACCGGGCUCGAAACCAUGAUCAAGGGACAAGGAAAGCUUGUAUUCCUUGCCAAGCGUCAAGAAUUGCCACGCAACCUUUUGAUCACGGAAAUCAUCACCAAGACGGAAGCCAACACUCCUCUCGGAAUUGGUAUCCGCAGCAAGAGUGGACGCAUCUACAUCUCUUCCAUCAAGGAUGGUACUUUGGCAUCCACCACCAAGUUGUUGCCAGGAAUGGAACUUGUUUCCAUUGACAAUGAAGACUGCCGCAACAUGGAUGCACUCGUCAUUGCCAAGCUCUUGCGUGAUGCACCCGUUGGAAACAUUACCAUUGUCGCUUCCACCAAGACGGGAUCCAUCACCAAGCACGGAAACGAUAACAACAUCUCCUUUGUCACUGCUUUGAUUGAAAAGGGUGCCGUGGAUAACAAGGUCGGACUCGCCUUUGUUCGCAAGCGUGGACAACUCGUUGUUACCAAGAUCACCGAAGGAACUGCCACCGCCGACACGGAUCUUCUUGUUGGUAUGGAAGUCUUGUCCAUUAACAACAACGAUGUCACCGAGAUGCCCUCUGGCGAAGCUGCCAAGCUGCUGUCCGAAGCCGAAGGUACUAUCACCGUCUUGGCCAAGCGUCCUUCCUUGCCCGCUGGUUCCUACCUGACCGCCGCCAUUAUCAAGGAGACACCCGAAACCAGUAUUGGAAUCAAGUUGGCCGGAACCAAGCAAGGAAACUGCAUCAUCAAGGAUGUCGUUCCCCAGUCCCCUGCUUCCUUCACCGAGUUGGAAGAAGGCAUGGUCAUUCGAUCCAUCAACAAUGUCCAGACCAAGGGAAUGCCCACCAAGGAAGUUGCCGAAUUGCUCAAGGCAAAUGUGACAUCCGUCACCAUUUUGUGCCAAACCACCAAGGAAGUCGCCAUGGGACGUGCAUCGUUCCGAUCCAUGCGAUCCUUGACCAGCGCACGAUCCUUGACCGACGACACCAUUGAGAGCUCCUGGAGUGGAGAAGAAAAGGAAAGGAUGAGCAAGCGCGGAAGCAUUGGCGAUUCCACGCCCUUCAACUUGGAGGACAUUCAGGAAACACCCGAGGAAGAUGUCUACAAGCCAUCAUCGCCCCCGACUGCCUCCAAGGCUGUGAUUUCCAGCCUGGCUCCUGAAACCAUCACCAUUGUGACAGGAGGAAGGAGGGAAUCCUUCACCGUCAAGAAUGUCGUCGAGUGCUAA